AUGUUAUCAAACACAGCAUUUGUCCGACGGUGUGGUGAAUUGCCUGAUUUGAUUACACGCUAUGAGUUUCUUUUACCAGCAUCAAAGAGUGCUGCAAUGUGCCUCGUUUUGCAAUAUCUGGAAAUCAACCUUCUGCAAGGACAAGAUCGAGAUCAUCAUCACCGACCGUAUUUGGAUGCAAGCCAACGUCAUUGCAUGCAGCAUCAAAUACCUGUUCCAGAUGCACGGAAAAGACGCAGUUAUGUCAAAACGGUUGUCAGGGGCUAG